UUGCAGGUUGAAGAAGCGACAGGUGUACAAGGGAGGUUGAAACGAGAAACACGCCAUCGCGCUUCCGGACGAACAGGCCGACAUUCAGCACGAGCACGUGCGGCAGGGACUUACUCAGAAAGCGCUGGCGGGUACGGACCGCCAGACGUUGGGGUUAGUGCACCACCGUAUGGCUCACAAGGUGGUGAUACGUGCUGCAGUUGUGGUGUUGGUAACGCAGGACCACCAGGACCUCCAGGAGAUGACGGUGCACCAGGCGCUGAUGGAGCACCCGGAAACGAUGGCGCCCCAGGACAAGAUGCUCCACCGACUGCUGUACCAGGACCUGGAGACUUCUGCUUCGAUUGCCCACCAGGACCAGCAGGGCCAGCUGGAGCAGCUGGUCCUAAAGGGCCACCCGGCCCGGCAGGCCAAGCAGGUACUGGUGGCGGCGCUGCUCUUCCUGGGCCUCCGGGACCAGCCGGACCGCCAGGACCCCCAGGAGCGUCUGGAUCAAUGGGACCGCCUGGACCACCUGGAGCAGCCGGACAAAUUACUCAAGCACCUGGAACUCCUGGACCAGCAGGGCCGCCGGGACCAGCAGGACCACCAGGACAGCCUGGAGCACCUGGAGCACCAGGAAAUGCAGUCCCCGGACCACCAGGGCCAGCUGGAGACCCCGGACCGGACGGACCUCCCGGACAACCAGGCGCACCAGGGUCUGCUGGAGAAAUGGGAGCAGGUGGAAAAGGCGGCGCGUGCGAUCAUUGCCCACCACCACGUACCGCGCCAGGAUACUAA